AUGGUGUCAGAAACAACAUUUGUGCAGCUGGCAAUUCCCCGUUUUGAUGGUCACUAUAAUCAUUGGAGUAUGCUAAUGGAGAACUUCUUGAGGUCCAAGGAGUAUUGGCAAGUUGUUGAGUCUGGAGUACUAGAACCAGCAACCGGAGUAGUGUUGUCGGAGACCCAGAGAGCAGAGUUGGAAGCAUUGAAGUUGAAGGACCUUAAGGCCAAAAACUACCUUUUCCAAGCCAUUGAUCAAGUAACUUUAGAGACAAUUCUUAGCAAAGACACCUCCAAGCAGAUUUGGGACUCCAUGAAGAAGAAGCACCAAGGGAACGUUAAGGCACAACGGGUGCAGCUUCAAAGACUUCGAACUGAAUUUGAAACUUUGCGCAUGAAGUCGGGAGAGUCGAUUAUAGAUUUCUUCUCAAGAACGAUGACAAUUGCUAACAAGAUGCAAAUCCAUGGCGAGAAGAUGGAAGAUGUCACCAUCGUUGAGAAAAUUCUUAGAUCAAUGACACCGAAAUUUAAUUUUAUUGUUUGUUCUAUAGAAGAAUCCAAAGAUGUUGAUACGCUUUCACUUGACGAAUUACAAAGUUCUUUGUUGGUUCAUGAGCAGAAAAUUGUCCAACAGGAGUAUGAAGAACAAGCUUUGAAGGCAGCAGCCAAUCCCAGUGGUCCUGGCCGUGGAAAAGGAAAAUGGAAGGACAAAAACGCACACCACAAAGCAGAUGGAGAACAUGCAACUGACUCCAAGUCGAAAGGAAAAGGUCGUGACAAGUCAAAUGUCGAAUGUUUUUGA